AUGAACAUCACCAGCCAGACCAUUGGCGACGCAGCCACCGCUACGGCCCGGCCACUGGUCGACCUAGUCGGCAAGCUCGCCGCGACACUACCGGCGCCCCUCCAGGAGCUACUCGCCAGCACGUCAUGGAAGCAGGUCGUUGUCCCUUCAGUGCUCGCGUACAUGGGCCUCGUGCGGGCGCUGCGAUACCGCAGGGAGCACGCCCUGCGGCGCGAGCUGGGCUACUUUGACCGUGCGUCGCUGAGCGCCAUGACGGCCGACGAGGCGCAGAAAAUAAUCUUCACCAUGGGGUUCUGGGAGUUCCCGUUCCUCCACUACACGAGUCUGCAGUUUGGUCUUUUCAAGACGUAUGGCAUUGAGACCAUUGCGAAGCUUUUGCUCGGCACGCGAAACCUUACAGAUCCGAUCAAGAGCCGGAAGAGAUAUGAGGACACGGCCCUGCUCAUCAGCGAGUUCCUCACGAACCCUCCCUCGUCGGAGCGGGCCAUGUCGGGCAUCGCGCGCAUGAACUUCCUGCACUCGCGGUACGUCAAGGACGGGCAGAUCUCCAACACGGACCUGCUGUACACGCUGUCCGUGUUCGUGCUCGAGCCGCCCCGGUUCGCGCGCCUCUACGACUGGCGCGCCAUGAACGAGAUGGAGGUCUGCGCGUACGGCGUCCUGUGGAAGGCCAUCGGCGACGACAUGGGCAUCGAGUACAAGGGCCACCUGCCGCGCGCCGAGCAAGGGUGGAAGGACGGGCUCGAGUUCGUCGAGGACAUCGAGGCCUGGGCCCACGCCUACGAGAUCGACAAGAUGAAGCCCAGCAAGGUGGCCGCCGCCCCCGCGCGGGCGCUGAUCCCCAUGCUGCUGUACUGGCUCCCCUGGUUCAUGCACCCCUUCGCCACCGAGUGUGUGUGUGUCCUCAUGAACACCCGCGUGCGUGAGGCGUUCCUCCUUCCCGAGCCCGGCAUCACGGCCGGCAUGGUUGUCUACACCUCGCUGUGGCUGCGACGCUUCUUCCUGCGCUACUUUUCCCUGCCGCGCACGUCCGCAUUCCUGCGCCUCGAGGACCCGGAUCCCAAGACCGGCCGCAUGUUCCUCACGGACGCCCACGGCAACUACCCGUUCUACAUCAAGCCCACGUUCUGGAACCGCUGGGGCCCCAAGGCCCUGCUCGUCAAGGCGUAUGGCGGCUUUGUCCCCGGCGACGACCCCAAGCAGUACUUCUCGCAAGGCUACAAGUUUGAGGAGAUCGGCCCUCUCGGCCAGAUUGGCAAGGGCGUCGAGGAGAUGAAUGCGGAUGUCAAGAGGAUGGCUGCUACGGGAAGAUCGGGCUGCCCAUUCAUUUGA